AUGGCAAAAACCUCGUACACAUGGGAAAGUAUCAAGCGUAAUCGCCUGAAGCUACGGGAUGAAUGCAACCUGGAUGCCCUGGAGUUGCUUCGAAAGUUGGAAGAUGAGAGCGUCUUCACGCGCAUUGAGGUGAAUCAGAUCCGUGAUAUACGAGACCGCAAGCAGCAAUAUGAUGAGCUUUUCAACAUCCUCAUGUCCAAGAAUUCGCAAAAAUACUACCCCAUUUUCCUUCGGACACUCGUUGACAUUGACAGGAAGGAUAUCAAGGAUUUCCUCCAAGAUGUCGUGGCUCUUCACUCGGACGGCUUGGAGUUCACAGAAUUAGAUGAAGUAUUGAAAGACCUCUCGACCGAAAAUAUAAUUAAGAAUUAUGAGUUCAUCGAAGUUACCAAGAAGGGGACAAAGGAGAAAAUUUCGUUCCUCCAGGAAGUGUUACCAAGAAGGGGAGACGACGCGUUUCCGACCUUCAUUAAAAUCCUUCGCAAACGGAAUCAUGCCAAGCUUGCUGGCAACAUGGAAAAAGAACUGGAGAAAAGGCGUGGAGAAGAGGAAGGUCCCCCACCUCAGAAGAAGAAGCGCAUUGACCCCAAUGUCCCACCAAAGGAUGUAAAUGAUGUUACUAACGAAGCUUCCGAACCAUGCAAAGACUUCAAUUUCCUUCAUGAUAUGGCAAAGGAAUAUGUUGGGAACGAUGUGAAUCCCCCUCGCGAUUAUGCAGCCAUUGGCGCUGUUUUCCACGCAGUGAAAUAUAUGUGUAGCUCUCAUCCAUCAUUGGUGGUUGCCGAUUACAAGUUCUCUGAGACAUUCAAUGACAGUGUGUUUAUGUUCAAGGCAAUGGAUCACCAAGACAUUCCAAACUUGGAAGAAGGGUCUCAUUGCAUUCUGCUGUCUUACCCAGCUGGCGACAAGGUUCUCAACAUUUUCCUUCAAGUAGGCGAGUGCGUGGAUCGGAAGACUAUCAUGUGGAAAAUGAAGGAGUUAAUUGCUAAGUGAGCAUCAGGCACAGGGAAGACUCUUGUUUUAAAGGAGAGGGCAAAGCACCUUGCAAGGAGGGAUGGUGCAGAUGUGCUUGUUUUAAACUUUGCAGGUGGACAUCUCACAAAAGACCUUUGUGACGACCUAAAAGGUAAUAAGUGUAUCAAGGUGGUAGAUGGGAGAGAAGUGGGAAUAUCAAAGGAUCUUUCGAAACUCUUGGUCUUUUUCGAGAAACAAGGAAAGAACAAGGACGUCCUAAUUGACGAAGUCUCCCUCACUUUUGGAAUGCAAGGUCCCCUCGAUAUAAUGAAUCUCAACGAAUACUGGAAGCAGGUCCUAAGCAUGGGCAGAUAUGUGAGAAGUCUGACAGUUGCAUUCCGUCCCAAUGAUCCCACAUAUACCAAGGAUAUUAAUCCGAGAUACAUAAAAAUUCCAAGCACCGAUGCUGAUAUCGACAUCGAGGUUGACGUUUUGUCUGUCGUGAAGAGGAAUGCGCAACUCGUGUCGGAACUAUUUCUGGCUCUCGGGAACUACUCCCGUCGAACCUUUGUGUGCACGGAGCCUACUAUGGGCGGCAUGGAAUUCUGCCAUCCUGAGGAGAGUUCGAUGCCCAAAUUGCUCCUCAUCCCAUCCUGCUCCACUCUCCAUGAUAUCUGCAAGAACAAGCUGACCUGCGAAGCCGUCAGGUGCUCUCAGGUCAUAAAAAAAUACAUGGACAUGCUUCCCACAACUUCACAAAAGUCUGUAUAUGUUGUUGUGGACACGAGUGAAAGGCGAAAUCGUCUAGUGAACGCCUUCAUGUUUAUAUAUGAAAUUUCCGUCAAGUUCGUGGACGUAGAUGGACGCUUUCUGACCAAGCUUGCGGACGAAGAUGAGCACUUUUGCGGAAAACCAUCUGACAUCGUAAUUUUGACGGCUGAGCAGGUUCUUGGAUAUCAUAUGCAUGACAUUUUAAUCCUUGACUUGCCAAAGUGUACCUGGAGAAAUUACGUUCGAAUGCUGUCGACGUCCCGAAAGAAUACCGUCAUUGCUAUAGAGCUAGAAGCUCUACAAGUGGGCAAAUAUUCCUAUAUCAACGAAGGCAUGUCGCAAGUGCUAGAGACAAUGCAUGUGAUCGGGAAUGAUCCAGAGUUCGAAGAAGGGCUGAGGGAGAAUUUGAAUAUUGCAUUUACAAUAGAGGAACAGAAAAUGAUGCAUUUAGAUGAGAAUGUAUGCCAGACCCUAAUGACAGGUCGUCAGGAGAUGGCAAUGCAAGAUAAUUUCGAAGUUCGUCGCCAUGGACCUGAAGAGGCGGCCAUCGACUUGAAGAGACGAGAGGAAAGCAUUAAGAUGCUGAAUGUCAUCUUUGGUCACUCUUCAUCAGGAAAAAGUUCAAAAUUGCUUGACAUCAUCACAAGUCUCACUUGCCACGGCCAAGCACAGCAUAAAAUCAUCCUUCUCCAUAUGGGAAGUACUUUAAGUAAGGAGGUAUCAGUUGAUCAUCUCAAUCGACUUGGAAAAGAAAAUCAGAAGGACCUAUUCUUUAUUCGAUCAAAAGCGCUUUCCCCAAUUGGUAUCAUUAACCAUGAUGUGGUGAAAGACAUGGUAUGGCGACACAACUCUGAAAAGAUUUACAUUCAUGUCGAUGAUUAUUCCAUUCAAUGCUAUGACACUGGGGACGAAAUUAAACUCUGGGAAGAGAUCUUGAAGUAUUUAAGAAAAUGUCGAGGAAAUCUUAUAUUGACGGUUGUGUUCCAGCCCCACGCAAAAGGAGGUCGAAGAAUCUCUAUGAGCAGACUGAUGUCUUUCUUUUGCAAAGAGGAGAAAGGAAAAAAGGAUGUGAAAGUUAUAAAACUCCCUGAACACCCUAUUCCCUGCUUUACAAAUCCAAAUCUUCUCCUUCACAUUACCAGGAAUGAAACCCACACAUCAUUAGAUCUAGAAGCGAAAAGUAUACAUACCACCUCUCGUCCAGGGGCCUGGGUCAGCGGCCCAAUGCCAACGUACAUCAAGUGCGUGUAUAAGUGCAUCGGGCAUCACAAGAAUCACCCUUGCCAUGAGGAAGCUCACAUUUAUGUGCUUGUGUCAGACUUGAAGCUGAUGGAUUUUCUACAAGCGACGACCGAAGAUAAAACACUUGGAUUAGAGUUCGUUCACCCCGAAGAUUUUCGGGGGUACGAUGAGAGAUCAAUGGAAGAAGCUAUACGAACAAAUGUGGCAUAUUUUUACCAACACCCCCACAAGAAGGCCUAUUCCCUGCCCGAGGGAUAUAUUUUGAAUGAUAAGAUUUAUAAAGAGAUGAAGGAAAAAGCUGAAAAAUGCGAAGAUGAUGAAAUGGGCGAAGAAGAGAUGGACAUGUCAUUAUAUCAACAGUCUGUCGCCCUGGUGUUCGAUCGCCUCAAGGAGGAAUUCAAGGAUGUACAUUCUCUAACAAUCGCUGACUAUGCCUUCACAGAUACCUUGCUCAGAGUCAUGAAUCAAACAGAAAAGGAUGACUUUAUGAAGAUGUCCGGCAUCAAUAAGGAAUACUUUGAAUCAGGUGCCCAUGAUGUAUUUGAAAUUGGAAUAUCUGGCCAGGAUAUAUUGGGACUCUUCUUUCAGAUCGAGGGAACCACAUCAAACACAAAUCCCAAAACAGCAUUUGAGUUGCUCAAGAAAGCCACUCAUCAAGUUCUCAAUGACAUUAAUACUUUCCGUACCAUUUGUGGCAAAUUCUCGAUUUCAUUUGUGAAACUUGCCGGUUUUGCUGCUUUUCCAAAGCUUAGAGAGUCAGAUUUACAGAAACUGAUCAAGUGCAGAGAUUGUAGGGCUCGAAUCCUCACAUCAGAGGACCUAAAAGAUCCAAUUAGUUUCAAGAGAAACAUAUUCAAUCUGUAUGUUUGUGCAGCAUCAAUUGUGGACAUGCCACGCAGCCCCACUCAGUUGUACACAAUGAGUGAGAAGCAUAUGAAACUGAUGUUGGUGAUUCUUACUCCUCAACAAAGGGAAUUAGUAAAGAGUGAAUCGAAUGUCAUUCUUAUGACUGGCACGAGUGGAACGGGCAAAACCUUCGUCCUAAAGAAAAGAGCCCUGCAGUUGGCGAAGAAAGAUGAAGUGCUGGUCCUGAAUAUUUCGGGAGGAGAUCUCACUGAGGAUUUCCGGUAUGUCUUCAAAGAUGCUAAGAAGGAAAUCGAGGUUAUCGAUGGGAGAGAGGGGCGAGAGAAGGGCCUGGAAGAGGAUCUUCAAGGUUUCAAGGAAUUCCUGAAAGAGAAAGGAAGAGGAAAGCACGUCCUCAUCGAUGAAGUCCCCCUCACUCUAGGAUUCCCGGAUAUCAUCACCCCCAAAGCCCUUUCCGACCAUUGGAAUUGGAUCGAAACCUUAGACGUGAAGUCCAUCACUGUUUGCUUUCGACCCAAUGACCAAUCUUACACGAGAGAUUUCCCCCUCGAAGAGGUCAAACCAGCAGGACAUAGCAUCACAGUUCUCGAUAGUGUGAAGAGGAAUACCAGAAAGAUAUCUGAAUUGUUCAUGGCCAUCGGAAAUUACUCCCGCCGCGUCUUCGUAUCCUAUUCGCCGUCCUUGAAGAUAGACUCCGAGGAGAUAGGCGGAGAAUGCCUUCCUCGCUUCAUCUCGAUGACCUCGUGUCAGGCUCUUCAUCGCAAAUGUAAAGAUGAAAGUAUAUGCGAGUGUGUACGGGCCUCUCAUGUCAUAUAUGAGGAAUGCAGGAAGGCAUCAGAGAAGAGGCCUGUCUUCGUCGUUGUUGAUGAGAUAAGGAGAAGAAAUGCAUUCCUCAACACAUUUAUGUCUUUAUACCCUGAGUUCCCUGUUCUUUUUCUAUGGCGGGGGGAUUUCCAUGGGAAGCCUCCCCCAGAGGGCUCGUUCCCACUCGUCGUCGUCACCGAAGAGGAGAUGAUAGGAUGUCACCCUUUGAACGUGACGGUGGUCCUCGACUUCCCUCGGUCGCAGUGGGAAAACUACAAUCGAUUGAUAGCCUCCACAAGAGAAAACAAGAUCCUAGUGAUCGAGGACGAAGCGUGGAGAACGGGCAAGUUUUCUCACGUCCCAACGGGAAUAAAAGAAACACCUGGGUGGAAGAUCGAGGAUAUAAAUAUUGAUAAAGAAAGUCUCAAUGCGAAAUUGGAAAAAAUAUGGAAAGGACACGUGGAGGAGGACUUGGAAGACCUGGAUGAGCGGAAAUUCCCUAAGCAAUCCUUCCCUAGAAUAGAAAUGGAUUGGGAUGAUAGAGGGGAGGAGGAUGCAGACGUGGCAAAGAUGCUCGCAUCUUCUCUCAGCGGGAUAUUCGGCUACCCAGCCUCGGGAAAAUCUAGGAAAAUAAACUUGUUGAUUGGACGAGUGACAAGCCGAGUCCUCAUUCUCAACUGCCGCGGAAAGUUGUCUCGCCUAGUCUACAGACAGCGAUGGAAAGGAAAAGAAAAUGUUGAGCUGGACGAGUUCUCUGCAGGGCAUUUCGAUUUUCCGAAUUAUUUAUUCAAGAGAGUGGAAGAGAGGGAGAAAAAUAUGAAAGAAAUGGAGAAAGGGAAGAAGAGAAAAAAGAAGGCAAAGGGGAGUAAGAAAACUGGAAAAGAGAAGGCAGAGGGAAAGAGGGAAGAGACAGGAGAGAAGACGGAGCCAGAUCCGCUGGUCGUGGUAGUCGAAGACUGUUAUUUCUUCGACCAGUUUCCAGAAAACACUGUUGAAUUAUUGAAAAAGAUGAAGAUGAAGCUCAUCCUCGCCUUCGAACCCCAUUCAACUGAGACUCCUGACAUCUCAGUAGAACAAGUCGUAGAAAUGUUGAAUAAAAGGCUAGACUGCACAGCGAUAGUGCUUCGGUCAGAACUGAGCAACCUGGCUCUCAUGAGGCACAUCCGAGAAAACGAGACUCCAAUUGCUCUCGAUUUGAAAUCGAAGAACCUGUCCGUCUCUGCUCUUCCAGCUUCCAUCGUCCCCGGCCCUCCCGUCGAAUACGUGAACAUAAUCAAAGCAGAAAAAUGCCCGGGACGACAUCUGGGAUAUAUCUGCAGCGGGAACAGCACAUGUGGAAUGACUGCGAAUGCUUUAUCUUCCCUCUUGCGAUCGGAGCCCUUCGAAUCGACGAACGAAGCUCCUCAAAUCCUGGUAUCGGAAGAAUGGCUUUUGACGCCACUGCGAGAGAAAAUGGAUAAAACUUGGCCUCGUAUACAAGUAAAACACAUCAAGGACUUCCGUGGGUGUGAGGCUUCCACCGUCAUCUCUUUCAACGUGAAUGACGACUGGCUGCUGGAAGUGAUCUCUCGCUCCAGGACUCGACUCGUCGUCAUCGACGACCUCAGACGACAUCAAAACUUAUGGAAACAGAUGAAGAAAGAAGGUCGUGUCGUCCCCAUCUCCUGUCCCACGGACCCCGAAGACGACCUCAGGAUCCUCCUGAGAUUAGAUGAUCAAGAAAUGUUCCUUGAACGUCCGACCUGGGAUGAAGCAAGUAUUCGAGUGGGAGAGAAAGCAAUGCAAAUCCUGGACAGGGACAUCCUGGACAGGGACACGGGCGCCAUUCGCUUCCUCCCUCCCGAGACAUUAGCAGCCAUCGACGAGAAACUUUCUCUGUCUUCUCCUUUCAGCGGUUGGGGAUACGUGUGGUCUGGUUUGGAAGGAGAAGUGCCUGCAGUUGAUAUAGAAAAGAGUGAGAAAAUCCUCAAAGUUCUCAAGCAGAAUGGAGUGGAGUGGCAUGAGAGGUACCCCCCUGUGGCCCUGAAGACAAGGACUGGGAGUGGUGCGGCAGGAUUCUUGGAGACCAUGUCUCUCUUGCUCACAGGAUCCCUCCUCCACUUUCCACUUCUCAAGAAACUUUGUGGAGCGGAGCUCAAAGAUGAUAAAGACAGUGACUUGUUGGGGAAGAAUGAAGAAGUGAGAAAGUACAUCCUCACAUCUAGAAGGGAAGCAGAAAGGAGGAUGAACCUCCAAAUGAGGGAGGAUGAGCAGGUGGGAGGACAAAGGAGUAUGGGAAGGAAAACAUACCAGAGAAAAUAAGAGGAUGGAGAUGAUGGGAAUGAUGGGAAUGAUGGGAAUGAUGGAAAGGAUGGGAAUGAUGGAAAGGAUGGAAAGGAUGGGAAUGAUGGAAAGGAUGGAAAGGAUGGAAAGGAUGGAAAGGAUGGAAAGGAUGGAAAUGAUGGAAAGGAUGGAAAUGAUGGAAAUGAUGGAAAUGAUGGAAAUGAUGGAAAGGAUGGAAAGGAUGGAAAGGAUGGAAAGGAUGGAAAGGAUGGAAAGGAUGGAAAUGAUGGAAAGGAUGGAAAGGAUGGAAAGGAUGGGAAGGAUGCAAGGUAA